CUUCGGUUCUAUUGAGCAGCCGCCAUCGUUCUUCACGCGCACGUCGAGGGAGCAGCUUCUUUGCGCAGAUUCAGAACCUUUCCCCAGUAGUUCGCUUCCAUACUACAACCAGCAAACUGGCACAAGAGGUGGAAUCUCUUCACCAUCAGGGUCUUUCCCCCAGUUUAUCUCAAACCAUGAUGUCCCAUUCGAUGUCUCAGCCUAUGAUCAGCCAGUCAGUUAGCCAGAUGGGCCAGGUUCUUACAGACUCGCAUACAAUGACACAUCAAACAAUCAAUCAACAGAUGAAUCAAAGUCUGUCAGAUUCCCACUCAAUGAAUCAAUCCAUAGGACAGCAGAUGGAUUAUAAAGACAGUCAGGGUCUUUCUGAUGACGAACCAUCUUCACCCGAAUCACCUUAUGUUGAUGGCACAGAUCUUCUGUCUACAACAGUUCAUGAUGAAGUAACAGCACAACUAGCUGCUGCUGGCCCUGUUGGUGUUGCUGCUGCUGCUGCCAUUGCUACUGGUAAAAAGAGAAAACGGCCUCACUGCUUUGAAACCAAUCCAUCUAUCCGCAAACGACAACAAACAAGAUUACUUCGCAAACUGAGGGCAACUAUUGAUGAGUAUACCACUAGAGUUGGCCAGCAAGCUGUGGUAUUGGUAGUUUGUCCAGGAAAGCCUAAUCCUAUGUAUAAAGUAUUUGGUGCUAUUCCAUUAGAGAACGUGAUCAGGAAUAUGAAACAGCUUAUUCUACAGGAUCUAGAGAGUGCCUUAGCUGAGCAUGCUCCUCCACAUAUGCCUGAGAAUCCAGAUUGUUACACUCUUCCUCCAGUUGUUAUUGAUGGUAUACCAACUCCAGUCGACAAGAUGACACAAGCCCAAUUGAGAAUGUUUAUUCCAAUGAUGCUGCGCUUUUCAACUGGUAGAGGGAAACCAGGAUGGGGAAAGGAAUCCACACGUCCGCCUUGGUGGCCUGCUGAUGUUCCCUGGCAGAAUGUGCGCAGCGAUGUCCGUGCUGAAGACCAGAAAGCUAAAGUUUCUUGGACCAAUUCUCUGAGACAGAUUGUUAAGAAUUGCUACAAGUACCAUGGAAGAGAAGACUUGUUGCCUGUGUUCACAGAACAUGAGGCAGCUCAUCCACCACAGUUUGCUCAUGGCCAGCAGAUGGUCCAUACUAUAUCCAAUGCUGAUGGUACUGUCUCUCUUAUACAAGUGGAUGCAUCAGGAGCAGUUAGUACUCUGGAAGGCCACAGUUCACAGAAUGAAGCCAAUCAAGCUGUUGCAACGCUUGCUGAAGUAGCUGCAGCAACUCAAGCUGAAGUUUGUCUGACCAACCACCACCACAUGGAGCAUAGUGAUCUUUCACAUUCAGAAGCUGCUGCUCAGGCUGCUGUAGCAACACUUGCUGAAGCUACACUGUCAGAGGGAGGCCAGAUAGUACUACCUGAGCAUGCUGCAGCAGCAUUAUCUGGUGUCCAGGAUGGGAUGGUUAGCAUACCGGUCCAGGCUGCAGCAUCACUAAUGCAGAUUCAAGGCCAUAUGUUAAACAAUAAUCAGACUCAUUACAUUACCUCAACUACUGGAGUACCACAAGUUGCUAUGGCACCACACACCAUUAUAACUGUCACAUCCUCCAAUCAAGCAGAGUCCCACACACAUAUUGUGGACAGUACUGAGGGUGUACCAGUAGCUACCCAAGCUGUAGAGGUUGUGACUCUUGAAAAUGCCCAUGAACACUUAAACUUGCAACAAAGUGACACUUGACAAAGACAUCUAAGAUGGACUGCCUCAAGACAUUGUUAAUGACUCGGAACACGCUGUAGACAAAGCUUGAUGCAAGCUGUGAAGCAAUGAUAACGUGAGCAUGAUUGGUAACAUAAACAAAAAUCUUGCAUAUGAGGACAUUGUUACUCAACAAGAACUACCAAUGAACAUAGAAAUGACUGUACAGAUUAUAGUUGACACUGAUUUUAACCAUGGCAGCAGCUUUUAUCUUUAAUGCCUUUGGCAUUAUCACUAAUUGAACUCCAAUGAGUUCGUACAAAACUAUUUAAAUUAUUUAUUUUAAAUGUUCUGAUCCCAGUGGAACAAUCAUGAUUUUGUCCAUUUUUUUCUUCAAUUACAAGAUGUAAAAUAAUAGUCUCACUACUACCAUUAAAAGAUGUUUGAAUCAAAA